AUGGCCAGACCCGCUGUGGUCCAGCCCUUGAGGUACAACUUGGCCGCUGUCAGAUUCAACAGCACCAAGCCCGAGGGUGAGGCUAAGGAAGAGCCCAAGGAGGAGCCAAAGGAGGAGGAGCCUCAGGAAGACCCUAUUGUGGCCGAAUUGAAACAAAAAUUGGAGAAGAAGGACAAGGACUUGGCCGACAUGAAGAACCACUACGCCAGAGCCGUGGCCGACUUCAGAAACUUGCAGGAGACCACCAAGAAGGAGAUGCAGAAGAGCAAAGACUUUGCCUUGCAAAAGUUCGCCAAGGACCUUUUGGAGUCUCUCGACAACUUCGAGUUGGCCUUGAACUCCGUCAAGGAGGAGACCUUGACCGCCAGCGCAGAGGUGAAGAACCUUUACGAUGGUGUGUCGAUGACCAGAAACGUUUUCCAGAAGACCUUGGAGAAGCACGGCAUCGAGAAGAUGGACCCUAUGGGCGAAGCGUUCGACCCUAACCACCACGAAGCCACCUUCGAGAUCCCCCAGCCCGACAAGGAGCCCGGCACCAUCUUCCAUGUGCAGCAACCUGGUUACACCUUGAACAGCAGAGUCUUGAGACCUGCCAAGGUGGGCUUGGUCAAGGGCGAAAACUAG